ACGAAGUCCUCAGUAAUGAAUCCAGAAGAGCAAAUUGUGACAUGGCUUAUAUCCUUGGGGGUUUUAGAUUCCCCCAAAAAGACCAUCUGUGAUCCGGAGGAGUUCUUGAAAUCUUCACUGAAAAAUGGGGUAGUGCUGUGCAAACUGAUCAACAGACUGAGGCCUGGCUCUGUAGAAAAGUACUGUCUGGAACCCCAAACAGAAGCUGACUGCAUCAACAACAUCAAUGACUUCCUGAAAGGAUGUGCAACCCUUCAUGUGGAGGUAUUUGAUCCUGAUGACCUUUAUUCAGGGGUCAAUUUCUCCAAGGUUCUGAGUACUCUUUUAGCUGUCAACAAAGCAACAGAAGAUCAGCUAUCAGAAAGACCAUGUGGACGUUCCUCCUCUCUUAGUGCUGCUAAUAGUUCUCAGACAAACCCACAGGGAGCAGUUUCUAGCACAGCUCCAGGGCUGCAAAGGCAGUCAAAGGCAGUGGAAAUGAUGGAAAAUGGAAGUCACCAGUUAAUAGUAAAGGCAAGAUUCAACUUUAAGCAGACUAAUGAAGAUGAACUGUCAGUAUGUAAAGGGGACAUCAUUUACGUCACUAGAGUUGAAGAAGGAGGCUGGUGGGAAGGCACAUUAAAUGGGAGAACAGGCUGGUUCCCUAGUAAUUAUGUCCGAGAAAUUAAAUCCAGUGAGAGACCUCUCUCCCCAAAGGCUGUCAAAGGAUUUGAAACUACUCCACUUACCAAGAAUUAUUAUUCCGUGGUAUUACAGAACAUCCUGGACACUGAAAAAGAUUACGCUAAAGAACUUCAGUCUCUUCUUGUUACUUACUUAAGACCCCUGCAGUCUAAUAACAAUCUGAGUACUGUGGACUUUACAUCUUUAUUGGGAAACUUUGAGGAAAUAUGCACAUUUCAACAGACCCUCUGCCAAGCCUUGGAAGAAUGUUCAAAAUUUCCAGAAAAUCAACACAAAGUAGGAGGUUGUCUAUUGAACCUCAUGCCUCAUUUUAAAUCCAUGUAUCUGGCUUACUGUGCAAAUCAUCCAUCAGCUGUAAAUGUACUCACCCAACACAGUGAUGUUCUGGAACAAUUUAUGGAAAAUCAAGGUGCAUCUAGCCCAGGUAUACUCAUUUUAACAACAAGCCUCAGCAAACCAUUCAUGCGACUGGAGAAGUAUGUUACUCUCUUGCAAGAGCUGGAACGGCAUAUGGAGGAUACACAUCCAGAUCAUCAGGAUAUUCUGAAAGCAAUCAUAGCAUUCAAAACUCUCAUGGGACAGUGCCAAGAUCUAAGAAAAAGAAAACAGCUGGAGUUGCAGAUACUUUCUGAGCCUAUUCAGGCAUGGGAAGGGGAGGAUAUUAAAACCUUGGGAAAUGUGAUUUUUAUGUCACAAGUAAUGGUGCAGUAUGGAACAUGUGAGGAAAAAGAGGAGCGGUACCUCAUGUUAUUUUCAAAUGUCUUGAUAAUGUUAUCUGCAAGUCCUCGGAUGAGUGGCUUCAUCUAUCAGGGAAAAAUACCAAUAACAGGAAUGGUGGUGACUAGAUUAGAUGAAAUUGAAGGGAAUGACUACACAUUUGAAAUCACAGGUCACAUACUUGAGAGAAUUGUGGUCCACUGCAGCAACAACCAGGACUUCCAGGAAUGGCUGGAGCAUCUGUACAGAUUGAUCAGAGGACCUGCCUCAUGCAGUUCAUUAUCCAAGACAUCAUCAUCAUCUUGUAGCACUCAUUCUUCUUUUAGCUCUACUGGACAGCCCCGAGGACCCUUGGAACCUCCUCAAAUUAUAAAACCAUGGAGUUUAAGUUGUCUACGACCUGCACCUCCACUUAGACCAUCAGCAGCACUAGGUUAUAAAGAGAGGAUGUCUUAUAUCUUAAAGGAGUCUAGUAAAAGCCCCAAAACCAUGAAGAAGUUUCUUCAUAAAAGAAAGACUGAAAGAAAGCCAUCAGAAGAAGAAUAUGUGAUUCGGAAAAGUACGGCUGCUCUGGAAGAGGACGCUCAGAUUCUUAAAGUGAUUGAAGCCUACUGUACCAGUGCAAACUUUCAACAAGGCCAUGGCUCAAGUACUCGCAAAGAUUCAGUUCCACAAGUCUUACUUCCUGAGGAAGAGAAACUCAUCAUUGAAGAAACCAGAAGCAAUGGCCAGACCAUCAUCGAAGAAAAGAGCCUCGUUGACACUGUUUAUGCCUUGAAGGAUGAGGUGAAAGAACUGAAACAGGAGAAUAAAAGAAUGAAGCAAUGCCUGGAAGAAGAAUUGAAAUCAAGAAGGGACCUAGAAAAGUUGGUCCGGAGGCUGUUGAAGCAAACUGAUGAGUGUAUUCGGGCUGAGUCCAGUAGCAAGACCUCCAUCCUUCCAUAACAUUACUGUGCACCUGGGCAGGGUGUGCCUUCAGUGCUUCUUGAAAUGUCCAGCUGAAUGAUUUGGCUCAGUUUGCUCAUUUCUUUGUUUUUUAUUUUGUAUUUGAGUCAGCUCCCUUCCCUCUGUUGCUUGGGUGUUUGUUGUUUUUUGGUUAUUGGAUGGUUGGUUACAUUUUUUUCAACAGGGGUAAAAGAAAGUGGUGGUGGUAGAAGUCUCCCCAGUGUUUUUUCCAUUCAGUAACAAAAGGGAAGCUAAUGUAGGCAAAUGACUUAAGUGGCCUUCUGAUGGCCUUCAAUUCAUAGUGCCUCUUUAACAACAAUUACCCUUUUGGAGCUGGCUACUAGCCCAAAGCAGCUGGCCAUGACUUAUUAAAGGUGAACUUGGCUAUCUGCAACGAUUUCCUGUACAUGGAAGCUCCUCAAUACCUAAUUUACUGAUGGCAAAUAUUUUUGAGCUAUGACUAGAGUAGGGUGAAGGACAAACACAUUAGCCCAGAGAUCGAGCUGCCCUUCCCUGGACCAUCAUGUGCCACCCCUCAAUACACAGUUGUUUUUUUUUUUAUUACUACCUGAUGUACUCUAAAAGAUCAAGAAGACAGUAGAGCCCUUAUUUCUUUUGUGUUGGUUUACAUUUUAACUCUCUGGGUCAGAAGCUCUGAUCAUUCUUGCCAACACCAAAUCCAUUAGCAAAUUGCACUGGACAGUACUUUGAGCAGCAGAGUUGACAACCUCUUCUCUGGUACAUGUUAGGAUUUUCCUCUAACCUUCUGCAAGUGCGCUAGUUUUUUAUCUCCCCUGUGCUUUUAGCCAACCAUACCAAGUGGUGUGUAAACUAGUAUGUGUGUGCUUUGCUCACUUUCUAAAAAUAUAGACUGUGAGAAGGUACUUUAUCUACAUUGCAUAUUCAAAUUGCAACUUCUCAUCUUUAAAACAAUUUGUCAUUGAGGAGAUAUUGUGCCCUAGUAGACAGCUUUGAUUAAUUUUAUUGCUCUCCCAUAUAUGCUAUCAGAAGCUGUAAUGUUCAUCGACCUCUAAGCAUUAUUUGUAGAAAUGUGCUGUUGUUCCAGUUUGUAUAUCCAGACCAAAAAAAAAAAAAAACACACACACAAAAAAAACACACAAAAAAAGAGGUCCUCUCUAGUAGCUGUGUGCUGGUUACUAGUGAAGCUGAUUAUUUGGAACUAGUUUACUCAAGUUGCUCAUCAAAUCAAACCAUUGCUUUGUAAGUAUGUCAGAAAUUAGAGCUGUGACAAAUCAUAUUUAGAAGAUGGUCACAGAAGAGCAGCAAACAUCCAAACUCCACCCAGUUGAAAGUCAGCCAAAGGUUAUCUCUCUCAAAAAGGUGGAAUUUGGCUGGGUGGGGAAGAUCACUGGAAAGAGAGACAAAGGGCCUGUGGACUAAUCAAAGUUCUCUUCCACAUAUAUCUGAUGGGUGCCUAUAAUAUGGGUUUUGCAAAUAUUGUUUAGAAACCAAACUUAAAGCUUGAACUGCUCCCCAGCUUGCUAAGUCCUUCUUCUUUCUAGUGCUUGGGGCGAGGGGGUAUCAAGUUCCCAUUGCUACAUGGUACAGGGCUGUUGACUGCUUGCUGCACAGCAGAAACUAUACUAUUCAGAGGAAUUGGCCUAUUCCAACAGUCCAGCAUCAGCCACCCACACACAGCUGUCUUUAAAAACUGAAGAGUGAAGAUUUCUAGGAAUUGGCUAUUGUUCUGUUUUUAAGCACAGCACUAUAGGUAAGCCAUCCUUCACUUAAAAAUUAAAAUCAACACAGAUCUUAGCAUUUGCUCUGUCUGUGGUUAAUCAAUGGCUUGCAAUAGAUGUGCAAACUAUAUCCAUAGGAAAAAAUUUUGCAAUUACAAAAUAUUUAAGUUGAUAAGGUAUAGCGUAAAAUAUUGAAAGGUCUUUAUUUUAGAGUGAUGUAUAUAUGCAUGUUUUGGGGACUUGGCCCUUCUGAUGAGAGGCCCUUGGUACUCUGGGUAAUGAAGCUUGUGCAGAGUGGUGUCCACACUCACACACUAACCAAUAAUAUAAAAGGAAAUGAAGCCAUGUUAACCUGAGAGCAGUGUCUCCAUAGUUGUGUUGUUUACAAAACUCUAUAAAUGGGUUUCUGUUACCCUAUAAUUAAAUUGUUGCCCUUAGAGGCCUGUCAGUUUCUCUUCUGUCAUGUUUCUUCUUACACAGGCUCAAAUUUUCUAAUUUGUUUUUAUUUUGAAGACUUUUAAAAUUAAAAUUUUCAAUAAAUAAGAAUAAUAAUCCUUUAUAAAA